UUGAAAGGUUCGGUGUUGCUGGUGAGAUGUUUGGUCUUUUGUUCUUCGUGCUGAUGGCGCACACCGCUUAUGGAGACGUAAGCUAUUCUUUCCCGGAGGAGAUGAAACGCGGAUCUGUGAUUGGAAAUAUAGCAAAGGAUCUCGGGCUCGAUGUGAACAGACUGUCAUCUCGUAAGGCUCGAAUUGAUGCUGAAGGUAACAGAAAACGAUACUGUGACAUUAAUCUGAGUACUGGGGAACUGAUCGUAGCAGAGAGAAUCGACAGAGAGGAAAUUUGCGGGGACAGGCUUUCAUGUGUUUUAAAAUUUGAGGUCAUGCUAGAAGAUCCAUUAGAGCUGCACCGUGUUUCAGUUCAAAUCCAGGAUAUUAACGACAAUUCGCCCGUUUUCGCAAAGGAGUUGAUCACAUUUGAAAUCGGGGAGUCUUCUCUUAGAGGUACUCGCUAUCGUUUGAAUGCGGCUCAUGACGAAGAUGUCGGACAGAAUGCAGUUCAGAGAUACAGUCUACAGAAAAAUUAUAACUUUAAACUCACAAUCAGUUCGAAUGUAGAUGGAGAGAAGAAUUUGGAAUUAUUACUAGAUAAAGAGUUAGAUCGCGAACAGAAAAAUGAAGUAACAUUAAUUCUCACUGCGGUAGACGGCGGGACUCCACCGAGAUCAGGUACUGUAGCCAUACACAUCACUGUGCUGGAUGCUAAUGAUAAUGCUCCAGUCUUUAGUCAGGACAUCUAUAAAGUCAGUCUGCCUGAAAAUUCUCCUGUAGAUACUGUAGUGGUGACAGUGAGCGCUACUGAUGCUGAUGAGGGACAAAAUGGAGAAGUGACAUAUGAGUUCAGUCGUAUUUCUGACAAAGCCAAAAACCUGUUUUCAUUAGAUCCAAAUACAGGUGCCAUUCUAGUUACGGGUUCACUAGAUUAUGAGAACGAAAUUGUUUAUGAAUUACGCAUUGAAGGGAAAGAUGUAUUUGGUUUAUCCAGUGAUGCUAAAGUUGUAAUAGAACUUGCAGAUGUUAAUGACAAUGCUCCUGAGAUACAAUUGAAAUCUUUGCGUAGCCCUAUUCCCGAGAAUGCGUUACCCGGUACAGAGGUUGGCAUCAUUAAUGUGCAGGACAGAGACUCUGACAAUAACGGACAGGUGCGCUGCUCCAUUCAGCAAAACGUCCCGUUUAAACUCAUACCUUCAAUCAAAAAUUACUAUUCUCUUGUGACCACAGGUGAAUUAGACCGCGAGCUGCUCUCUGAUUAUAACAUUACAAUUACUGCUACUGAUGAGGGCUCUCCGCCUUUAUCUUCCACUAAGAACAUUCACUUGACUGUAGCUGACGUGAAUGAUAAUCCACCUGUAUUUCAGGAGCAGAACUACAGAGCUCAUGUGCAAGAAAAUAACAAACCGGGCUCCUCUAUUUGUUCAGUGUCAGCUACAGACCCGGACUGGAGACAGAAUGGCACUGUAGUUUAUUCUCUGUUGUCCUCUGAUGUCAAUGACGCACCGGUGUCCUCCUUUCUAUCUAUUAACGGAGACACCGGGGUCAUUCAUGCCGUGAGGUCGUUUGAUUACGAACAGCUGAAAAGUUUCAAAGUGCUCGUGUUAGCCAGAGACAACGGUUCUCCUCCUCUGAGCAGUAACGUUACCGUGAGGGUCUUCAUAACGGAUGAGAAUGACAACUCCCCUCAGAUAUUAUACCCCUCUCCGGAAGGAAACUCCUUCAUGACCGAGAUGGUACCCAAAGCUGCGCAGGCGCGCUCCCUGGUCUCCAAGGUGAUCGCCGUGGACGCGGAUUCUGGCCAGAACGCGUGGCUCUCGUAUCACAUUAUUAAAGCGACUGAUCCGGGACUUUUCACUAUCGGUGUCCACAGCGGAGAGAUCAGGACGCAGAGGGACAUUUCUGAAUCUGACAGCAUGAAACAGAACCUCAUUGUGUCCGUGAGAGAUAACGGACAGCCCUCUCUCUCAGCCACGUGCGCAUUGUAUUUACUUAUAUCAGAUAACUUGGCUGAAGUCCCAGAACUGAAAGACAUGUCUCGUGACGAGAGCAGCUCCAAACUAACGUUUUAUUUGAUCAUCGCGCUGGUGUCCGUUUCCACUUUCUUCCUGGCCUUCAUCAUCAUCAUCCUGGCCGUGAGGUUUUGUCGCAGGAGAAAGCCCAGACUGUUGUUUGAUGGAGCUGUAGCCAUUCCCAGCGCGUAUCUCCCUCCAAAUUACGCAGAGGUGGAGGGCGCGGGAACUCUCCGCAGCGCUUACAAUUGUGACGCAUACCUGACCACGGGUUCGCGCACUAGCGACUUCAAGUUCAUCAGAUCUUAUAAUGAGGGAACACUGACUGCUGACCUAACUCUGAAAAAGACUCAGUGCGCUGUGGAUGAUCUUGAAGGACUUGAUGCGGAAGUGAACGAUUACUUUCAGGUUACGGGAUUAAAUUUUUGCUUAAUGUCUGAAGAAUUCCAAAGGUUCUGUGUUAAUGCUGAGAUGUUUGGUCUUUUGUUCUUCGUGCUGAUGGCGCACACCGCUUAUGGAGACGUGAGCUAUUCUUUCCCGGAGGAGAUGAAACGUGGAUCUGUAAUUGGAAAUAUAGCAAAGGAUCUCGAACUCGAUGUGAAUAGACUGUCAUCUCGUAAGGCUCGAAUUGAUACUGAAGGUAACAGAAAACGAUACUGUGACAUUAAUCUGAAUACUGGAGAACUGACCGUAGCGGAGAGAAUCGACAGAGAAGAUAUUUGUGGAAAGAAAGCUUCAUGCGUUCUUAAACAAGAGCUUGUGCUGGAAAAUCCUUUAGAGCUGCACCGCUUCGUUCUCAAUAUUGAAGACAUGAAUGAUAAUUCGCCACAGUUCAAACAAAGUGUAAUAAAAUUCGAAAUACAGGAAUCAGCAGACAAAGGUUCUCGUUACUUAUUAGACGAGGCCCACGAUGCGGAUAUUGGUAUGAAUUCAGUACAAUCAUAUACACUUCAAAACAACGACCAAUUUGUUCUUAAUGUACUAACUCGUGCAAAUGGAAGAAAAUAUGGUGAACUCCUUCUUAAUAAAGAAUUAGAUCGUGAGCAGCAGAAAGAGGUGGCAUUAAUUCUCACUGCGGUAGACGGAGGGACUCCACCGAGAUCAGGUACUGUAGCCAUACACAUCACUGUGCUGGAUGCUAAUGAUAAUGCUCCAGUCUUUAGUCAGGAUAUCUAUAAAGUAAGUCUGCCUGAAAAUUCUCCUGUAGAUACUGUAUUGGUGACAGUGAGCGCUACUGAUGCUGAUGAGGGACAAAAUGGAGAAGUGACAUAUGAAUUUGGUCAUUUGUCCGAGCGCCUUCUGGAAAUAUUUUCUCUCGAUUCGUUGUCUGGGGAGAUUAAACUAACAGGGCCAAUUGAUUAUGAAGAGGAAAGCUCAAUUGAGCUGCCGAUUCAAGCCAAAGACGGUCAGGGGUCAGCCAGUCAUUGCUCUGUAUUAAUAGAUAUCGUUGAUGUCAAUGAUAACGCCCCUGUAAUUGUAAUUAAUUCUCUUAACAGUCCCGUUCCUGAGAAUGCGUUGCCCGGUACAGAGGUUGGUAUCAUUAAUGUGCAGGACAGAGACUCUGACAAUAACGGACAGGUGCGCUGCUCCAUUCAGCAAAACGUCCCGUUUAAACUCGUUCCUUCAAUCCAAAAAUAUUAUUCUCUUGUGAGCACAGGUGAGUUACAAUUAUGA